CAGGUGGCGCUGUUGCGUCCCCUCAACCCGAAAACAGCCUGGCCUCACUUUACUGUCAGAAACUCCGGUUCCCGUCUCUGGACCUAGUGUGCGGACAAUGGAUCCUUAUCAGAACCAGAGCGAGCAGCUCCGCUCCAGCCGACGGCCCGACAGAUCAGCACAUGUGCUGGGAAGCGAUGAGAGUCCAGGUGAAACGCACAGGGACGCGGCUGCAGGAGGAAACCCGCAGCCGGCGGACCGGCGGCCGCAGCACUUAGGUGGAUUCAGCAUGAUCCCACCCAACGAGUCUCGGCGGAGCCAAAUGAGAAUGAUGGCUCAAAAAGAAGAAGAGGAGCUUCAGAGGUGGAAGGAGGUGCACAGAGUCACUUCAGUGCAUGAGGAUCCAGAGAGGCUGGGUGGCAACGGGACGCUGGCCGAGGCCAGAGACCAGCAGAUAGCAAAGCUGCGCUGCUCCAAAGUGCAGAAGAAGCUCCAUCGGGAAGAACAGGAAAAGAGGAGGAAGCAGGAGGAGGAGGAGAAGCUGCAGAAGAUGAAGGCUGAGCAGAGGCAAAAGGCCGAGCGGCUGCAGGAGAGGAGGCGGCAGCAGGAGCAGAGCAGGACGGAGCAGCUCGGCCCGGACCGCCUCAGGAAGAACCAGAGCUUUCUGCAGAAACUGGAGAGCAGGGCUUCAGGUGCGCUGGCCUCCUGCAGAGCCCCACAGACGCCCCCCGGGGCGUGUGCCCAUCAGCACGAGGCCGUGGAGACUGAACCGAGAGACAAGCUGGAGAAGAGCGAGAGAGCCGUGGAGCUGGAACACAAGAGAGUGAACACAGCGUUUCUGGACAAACUGGAGGCUGAAGGCAGAAGGAGCGAGACCAGCGCUCCGGAGGCAGAGCGGCUUGAAGCACUCCGUCCGGCUCCAGCUGCAGAACCGGUCCCACCCGCUGACGGGAGCCCAGAUCCAGCGCCGAGCGGCUCCGACGGGACCGAGGCAGCCGACCUGGAGCCCGAGUUGGACUGGGCCUUGAUGAAGCUGGUGAGCAGCUUUCCAGACGGAGACCCAGCCUUCCUCCAGGACAUCCUGGGGCAGUGUGGGGGCGACUACCAGCAGGCCUGCAGGCUGCUGAAGCCCCCGCUCAGCUGAGGCCUCGCUCCGCAGACCCUCCUGCACCUCCCGGGCCGUGUGCGCUUCCUGGAGCCUGUUUUGGAUUAUACUAUUAAUGUGCUUUGCCCCCCCCUCCUCGUAGCACUGAGUCAUGCCUGCUUUUAGUCCUGACAUUGACUUGAAUUGAUGAUCAUUUUCACCACUUUAGUCAAAGGUCAUCGCCAUGACUCAGUCCUCUGGUCAUAUUUUGGGCUCUUAAUUAAAUCAGUGUGUGCA